CUCCUGUCUGCCAAUUCACACGCCUUCCCGCCGCAACGGCUUUCCAACCGCGGAUUUCCACGACAUCCUCCCCAGCUGUCAUCCAAUCUGGAGCGCAGCCGGAUCCACAAUUAUCCACACGCUUGCAGUCAAGGUCGAUCUAGACUUGGUUGCAUCAUCCCAGGAAUUCUGCACCGGGGAUCAUCGACACACAUAUCACCAUACGCUUGACAUGUUGGAAAGCAGACGACGCUUCUCCUUUCUUCAUCUCACUAUCGACCGCAUACCCAGGUGACGGGUUCCAUCUCCUCCGCGUCACGACAUCAGGCGCGAUUUCUGCUUCGAUUCAGGAUUGUCAGGGAAAUACAUGCAGCAAUAAAGAGCAAGGAUCCCAGUUGAAACAAAGGGAAGAGGAGCUAGCAACUUGUUGCUGUUGAGGUUCAGGAAAAAGAUUAUUUCAUUUGGUUGGAAAGAAAACGACAUCAUCGACAACAUGGCCGCUUAUUCGCCCUACGAGUCUACCCGGUACCGGGACGUCUACGCCCACUACGACGAGGACAGGUUCGCCAGUGCCUCGACAACACCUUCGCCCCGGCAACCGGCAUACUUCACCGAGCUUCCUCCCCGACCACAAAGACCGGCCACGCGGGCUCACUUCCGGUCCGGCAGUGUCAGCGGCUACACCAGCGCCUACAGCAGCCCUCGCGGCUCCUUCUCUCCCCGCUACACCAGCGACGGCCACUAUGCCACUGCCAAUGUGAGUCACUCGCGGUCAUCGCGCAAGCAAAGCUUCUCGGUCCCUCGCUCCAACCCCAAGCGUGAGCGGCGAAGUUCCUACUCCUACAAUUAUCGGGCUUCGGACUCCCAUGGAGAAUCCGACGAAGACGAGCUGGACCGGCUGGUGAUGGACGGCUUCGCCUACAUGCAGCCGCUCCAAUCGAGAUUCGACCGAUACAGCACUCGGGAUUACUUUACUGUCAAUGCUGGUGGACAAGGGACUGAUUACCACUACUAUGCACAGACCGGUCCGCACCGCGAUUACUAUGAUAGAGAGUCCGCGUUUCCUUCCGCCAAGUACGACUCGGACCGGACGGACCGCAGACCUCUCGCAGGACAACGUCGCAGUUCCACAUCACAUGCAGUCCCCCAGCGCCCCCAGACAGCCAGGCCAGCUAGCUCCUCCCAUAAGAAGCCUCCACCGCCGACACGUGUGGCGACCGAGGAAGAUGCCAAGAACUGGAAGAUCCCUCCCGGAUAUUCGUUGAAGAACUGGGACCCCACGGAGGAGCCUAUCUUGCUGCUUGGGAGUGUCUUUGAUGCCAACUCCCUUGGCAAAUGGAUCUAUGACUGGACUGUCUACCAUCAUGGCCCCGCUACUCCUAUCUCUGAGAUGGCCGGAGAGUUGUGGCUGCUCCUGAUCCAGCUGGCCGGAAAAAUCAAGCGUGCCGAUCAAUGUAUCGACAAGGUCCGUUCCAAGGACAACAAGGAGAUCCUCCAAGAGUUCAUGGACGCCGGUGACCGGCUUACCGACAAGCUUCGCAAGCUUCUCAAGGCCUGCGAGGCUCCCAUGCUUCGCUCUACUGCCAAGCAACGGAGCUCUUCGCUCGGCAAGGGCGCUGGCGUUGAGUUUGUCGACACGCUUUUUGGAUAUGAGCGGGAGCUGGAUAAGACGGAGAAGUUUAUGUCCCAGGUCCGUUUGUGGAAUCUCCGCUUCGACGCGAACUGCGAGGAAAUCCUUCGUAACCCGACCGCUUAAUCCCCUCUCAUAUUCACCUCUCAAUAAUUCGAAGAUAUACCCUCCGACAAGAUUGGAUGUAAGAUUAUGGGGAGAAUUCCAGCAGCAACGGCAACAACAACAACAACAACAACAACAAGGACAACAUCAAGAACAAUAACAACAACAGCGGGGCGGUCAUCAGACGCGACACCCAUUUUCUAUCAAUGAUACCCAAGACCGCUUUUUUUUCUGCGGCGCGGCGUGAUGAAAAAAAACCACGUCCCGCCCAAAGUCAACUUUACGCAAAGGAAAGAAAUGGAUGGGGAGACGAUUUUAUAGCAGUCAGUGAGGAACUGCAUUACACGAAACUUAGGUUGUGCAAGGAACUCAAAAAGUUUGAAUGGGUUUUAUGCGGAGGACGAAAUUUCACCUCUAUCAAGUAUCCCCCUAUGUAAUCACUGUGUUUGUGGUAUUCUUUUCUGUUUUUUUUUUUUUUUUUUUUUUUUUUUAUCUUUUCUUUUUUUUUUCACUUCAGUUUAAACACUCUGGUUUUGGAUGUCAAAAAAAUUGGGUUGGCGAGUUUGCGUUUGUUAUCUUUCUGUCGCAUCACACUGGGCUGUGAUGUCAUGCCUUCGAUCGCUUUUUGUUUUACAGGUUGUUAAAUGACAAUGCUCACACAAUUUCAUGGAGCCGUCACUGUUCUCUUUUCUUCUUAAUUUUUUUUUCUCUUUUUUCUCUCGAACAAUCAGUUCCAGUGGGGAUCACAGGAUGGAUAUACCCAACGUUUCACUUUUUCUUUCCUUUUCAAGUCAAGAAGGAACAAAUAGAAUGUCAACGCGGAUGGAUAGAGAAGGAAUGGCAAUGGAGGAGCGUAUCAGGGUCACAUCAACCCUCUCCUCCCAACAAUGUAGCUAGCUUGUAUUAAUUCACCACACACACACACAACUCGACAUGAUUCUUGUCC